UUGAGACAGACAGUGAAUCAUUAGCAAACUGCAACGCCGGGAUGAACUUGUCUGGAACCUAAAAGGAGAAAACAGUCUCAGAGGCUUUUGCUGCGCCGGGUUUUGCUAAAUACAGCCAAAGUGGAUCUAAAAGCUGGUUGAUCCCCAGUCCAAGAUGCUGCUGGUUUCCCAGCGGGUAGAAGCACCACGCAUGGAGCCACAUAUUCCAUUACAGGGAUCCAUUAAAAGGAAACUGGAAGAUGAUAGCUCUCCUGCCUCCAGUGGUGUGCCUGAUGUCAUUUUCCCCAAUGACAGCAAAAGGCUCUGCCUUGACGACGUAACCCUUUCCAUGGGCCAAGGUCCCAGUCCCAGCGUGGCAUGUCCGGAAAUGCAGAAUUCGCCCUUCUCCACCAGCCACAGCGCCUCCUCCCUGGGAGUAGCAGGUCACUCAGUGCUCCUGGAAAGCAAUCACCUGAAUGGCAGCGGCAUCGGUUCUCCUUUCCCAGUUCCGCCCAACACAGAAAUAAGCCAGAAGGGGUCAAUAGGAGGACAGAAUAAUAAUAUUGUCCACUAUGACGAGAAAGGAAACAACUUACAGACUGUGGACCAAGAACUGCAAGAUCUAUUGGAAGAGCUGACAAAAAUGCCCGAUCCUUCUCCUAAUGACCUGGAUCUGGAGAAGAUUUUGGGCAGCAAGGCUGAAGAGCCCCUGGGGCUGAGUCAUUCUCAACCGAGCAUAAGUACCACUCCAAAGUCCUCUCCGCAGACUUCCCAUUUGGAGAACCAUGUUGCUAAUAAAGACUUUUCACCAGGCUGCAAUCCAGCCAGCGGAGGAUCUCCUCAGAUGAGACCGUCGUCUGCUGGAGCUAGCUUCCAAGUUCCUCCUUCGAACAAACCUGCUGUAUCACCCAUCUCCACAGCAGCCCAGGGUAAGAGCCAGCCACCACCUAUGCUUCCAGUUCCCUUAUCCAGCAUGCCUGGCUCCAACUGGCAUGCGCAGCAGCUAAAGCAACUCGCAGCUAGCAAGCAGGUGUCUACUACCAAGCAGCAAGUUCAGGCUCCCAGCUGGCCAACUAUGUCUCCUCCUGGUCUCUCUCCCCCUUACAGGGCAGGAUCAUCCCCGCACCAUCAACCUUUCAGUCCCCAAAAUGUUAUGGUGUCUGGCAUGCCCUCUAAUAAUUUACCAGGAAACAAUAUUCAGAGUCCUCAAAACACUCUGCUUUCAAGCAUGGCUUCCAGCAGCACUCCGUCCAGUGGGCCCUCUCCUCCCUACGGGUCGGAGAAGCUUUCCAGCCCGGCUCUGAACCAGCAGCCUUUCAGCCCUCAGAGCGCCAUGCUGCCCACCCUGACGUCCGCCAGCAUCCCUGCCAACAACAUCAAAAGUCCACAGAACAACUUGGUUGCCAGCAUGGCCUCUACAAACACUGGACCUUCUCCACCUUAUAGGCCAGAAAAGCUGUCAAGCCCAGCUCUACACCAGCAGCCCUUCAGUCCUCAAGGUACAUUAAUCUCUAGCAUCACUCCCACCAGCAACCCCACAAGUAUGCAGAGCUCGCUUUUUAAAUCAAUGACUCCAAACCAGUCCAAAAAUAUGAACAUAAUUAUGCAACAGCCAUCCAGUAGCUUACAGCCAGGCCUGGUGAAUGAGAGCCCUGUUAGCCAAGACCAGUUUUCUUUCAAUAACACCAAACCACUGUCUCACUUUGCCUCAGAAUCAGCUACUCAAAAGAUGUCGCCCAUGACAGCAGGACAAGGGCAGCAGUCUCUCAUUCACUAUCUCCAGCAACAGCAGCAAUCUCCAGCCACGCAGCAGUCUCAGCAGACUAACAACAGCCAGUUCCUCCAGCAGCAAUUUCGACAACUGAUGCAGCCACAUCGCAUGCAGAGACACAUGCAGCCCACUGCACUGCCAUCCCAAAACAGACAGGAUCAAAAUCCUGGAAUUGUUGCCAGGCUUCAGGAGCCGGGCACCAUCCCAAGCGGAGGCUCUGUGCCGGCACCAGCCACGGUGAACGGGUACACGAUGAGGAACCAUCUACUGAAGCAGCAAAUAAUGAAACGCCAGCUGAUGCAGGAAAAGCAGAGACAAAACAUGCUGGGAGUAACAUCUGAGCAGAGGAGUUUGUUUGCAGCUCAGCAGAUGAAUCAGUUUCAAGCUGUGCAGCAGCCAAUGCCUACCGACUGCAGCCAGCCGAUGCCAGCUCCUCCAGCCAACCACCGCAUGCUGCCAUCUAACCCAGCCCUGCUCCAGAGCACCCUGGGCUCGGGCAUUGCCCCCGCCACCGCCAGCCAGAGCUCUGGGACGAUGGUGAUGAUUCCACACAAUCCUGGCAAACAGCAGGGGAUUUUUCCGCCUAAUUCUGACUUCAACAUCCCACUGCGGCCAAGCCAGAACUCGCUGGGUAUGAACUCGGGAUGCCAGACAGUGCAUAGCCACUCCGCUGUGCGGCCGGGAAUGGCGAUGGCAGGCUUUAGUUCUGGUUCCUUAGCAAAUCACUCCGCAACUCAACAGCACUUGAGACAGCCAAGUAUGCCAAGAAUCCCUAAUGUCUAUCCCAAUUCAUCUGCCCAGAUGUGGACACCAACUGCUGUGCCAAGGAUGCCAAAUCAAAGCCAAAUGGAUGCCAGCAUGCAGCAGUUCUCCAGUAGCGCUCUUUUCUCUAAACAGAACGUGAGACCAAAUACAUCGGGUCAGCCGUUCUCCCAGCAGGCCGUGGUGCCACCUAAUCAGAUUGCUCCCGGCGUCCAGGUCAGACAGAUGCAAAAACUAAGCAUGGGACAGUCUGGCCAGGGCUUGAGCUCAAUGAGUAAUCAGAACUUGAGACACAAUUUAACCAGAGGACCGUUGCCAGCUAUGAAUGUUAUGAAAUCCAUGCCACAAGGAGUGUCCAGUUUUAACCAGCUCAAUCCUGCCUCUGGCCUUGGCCCGCCAAGUUACCCUUCCGCGGGCCAGCCAUCCGAUACGUUCAGCCGAAUGAGCGCCGCCGCCGAGCUGCCGCAGUAUGACUUUGUGCCCCAGCACAGUAACUCGAUCAUGGCUGGCAACUGCAGUGACACUGACUUCCUCGACUCUCUCAUGAAGAGCAGCAGCAGCAGCAACGACGAAGAGUGGUUGAACAAUUUGACAAUGAUAGACGACAUUUUGGGACAGCAUGCUCAAAGCUCCGGACACGUUUAGUUGGGAGAGAAGCAGUCUCAUUGUAAAUAACAUCAGUAUGACUCUUAGAAAUAAGAGACAACCCAUGAAAACAGCCACCUCUUUCAAUACAGAAUGAAUGGACUCAGCCAAUUCUUUGCCUGCAUCAAAGUUUAAUAUUGGCAGUUUUUCAGAUGACUGUAUAUAUUUGAAUAUUUUGUAAAUUAUGUUUUCCUAAAACUUAAAUAUAGAAGUAUUUAUACUU